ACAGCGCAACUUCAACACAAAUGGAUAUUUCCGUGGCUUUGUUAUCCCUUCUCUUUUUUACCAAACCAGCUUUGGCUUUCGGAACAGAUCAAGAUUAUCAGAUUGAUAUCAUCAAUGAACUUGACCUGGCAAAUGCAACCUAUGGAAUUACCCAAGUGACGGGGCUUCACAACAGCAGCAAAGCCUUCUUAUUUCGAGAUGUUGGGAGAGCAGUUCACACCCCAGCACACAUCACAGAGAAGGUGGUACAGCUGUUUAGGAGUAAAAGUGAGUUUACCUUCCUGGCCUCCAUCCAGCAGAAGUCCUCCACAUCAGGAGUCAUAUUCUCCAUCCACGAGUCAGAACACAGUUACUUUGAGCUGGAGAGCAGUGGGGUGAGAGAGGAGAUCCGCUAUCACUACCGCUUCAAAGGCAAGCCUCGCUCGGAGUCCUUCCCCUAUCGCCUUGCAGAUGGCCAGUGGCAUAAGAUAGCUCUCACCAUCAGCGCUUCCCACCUACUGCUGCAUGUAGACUGUAACAGGAUUUACGAGCGGGUGAUAGACCCACCUCAAAUGGAGCUUACCCCUGGCAUUGGAGUGUGGCUGGGCCAGCAUAGCCACAAGCAUGGUCUGUUCAAGGGCAUCAUUCAGGAUGUGAAGCUCAUUUUCGCCCCAAAUGGCUACAUCACACAGUGUCCCAACCUCAACCGCACCUGUCCGACCUGCAGUGAUUUCCUGAGCCUGGUGCAAGGCAUCAUGGACCUUCAGGAGCUAUUGGCCAAGAUGACGCUGAAGUUGAACUAUGCUGAGUCCAGGCUGACCCAGCUGGAAGGCUGUCACUGUGAGAGGACCUGCAGUGCCAAUGGCCUGGUCUACCGGGACAAGGAGCUGUGGGUGGAGCCAGAGAACUGCCGGAACUGUGCCUGUAAGAAUGGUGUAGUGGAGUGUCGCAGAAUUUUCUGUCCUCCGGCAAACUGCUCAGAGGACUUACUGCCUGUACAUGUUGAUGGAACCUGCUGUAAGAAAUGCAGACCUAAAUGCACCUACAUGGGACAAACUUUCUCUGAAGGCCAGCGCUUUUUGUCUAGGAGCUGCAGGGAAUGCAAGAAUGGCCUGAUGGUGAAAAUCACAGAGACUUGUCCAGAUCUCAACUGCACCCUUGGUGAACAGAUUUUACCUGAUGGCAGAUGCUGUAAUGUUUGCAAAGGUUAUGACUUCUGUGCAGAGGGACUCACUUGUGGAGAAAACUCGGAGUGUAAGAACCGGAAUACUAAAGCAGAGUGUGAAUGCAAGACUGGCUAUGCCUCCAUCCACGGGGAUUCCACUUAUUGUGAAGAUAUUGAUGAGUGUGCUACCCAGAUGCACUACUGCCAGUCCAACACCAUGUGUGUCAACCUCCCUGGCAGCCAUCGCUGUGAUUGCCUACCGGGCUUCAUCAGAGUGGAUGAAUACUCCUGCACAGAGCAUGACGAGUGUGCCAGUGGCCAAAGCUCGUGUGAUGAGAAUGCCAUCUGUACCAACACCAUCAGAGGCCACCUGUGCACCUGCAAGCCAGGCUAUGUGGGCAAUGGUACCAUCUGCAGAGCAUUCUGUGAGGAGGGAUGCCGCAGUGGAGGGACUUGCGUGUCUCCCAAUACUUGUGUCUGUCCCUCAGGAUUCACGGGACGCCGCUGUGAGACUGAUAUCGACGAAUGUGCAGAGGGCCUGAUCGAAUGUCAUAACCACUCCCGCUGUGUCAACCUGCCUGGCUGGUACCACUGUGAAUGCAGAAGUGGUUUCCAUGACAAUGGCUCCUACCUGCUGGAUGGCAGCUCCUGCAUCGACAUCGAUGAGUGCGGUUUGCAGACACACACCUGCUGGAACGACAGCGUCUGUGUGAACCUCCCAGGAGGCUACGACUGUGUGUGUACAUCCGGACCGGGCUGCAGUGGAGACUGUCCACAGGAAGACGGGAUCAGACGUAACGGGGAGGACUGGAAACCCAGCUUUGACCGCUGUGCCAUAUGUUCCUGCAAGGACGGUCAGACGUUCUGCAGGAGGAGACCUUGUGAUUGUGGAGACGCAGAUGAGGAUCUGUUCUGCUGUCCUAGCUGCGACAACAGGCCCAGCAGCCAGUGUCUGGACCAAAAUGGACGCACACUCUACCGCAGUGGAGGAUCGUGGCUCUACGGCUGCCAGCAGUGCCGCUGCAUGGAGGGCGAGGUGGACUGCUGGCCUCUGGUGUGUCCUGUGUUGAUGUGUGAGUACACAGCGGUGGCGGAGGGCGAAUGUUGCCCGCGCUGCGUCUCCGAUCCCUGCCUGGCCGACAACCUGUCCUAUGAUAUCAGGCAGACGUGCCAGGACCCUGAGGGCAUCACACGCAUCAGCGGGGACACAUGGCACAUGCCCAACUCACCCUGCACCACCUGCAAGUGCAAGAAUGGGAAUGUGUGUUGCUCUGUGGAUCUCGACUGCCUUCAGAACAACUGAAGCUCCACUGCUUGAGAAAACCUCCUCCUCUCCUCUUCUCCGCACUUCUCUCCUUUGCUUCAUUUCACUCCAGGAGUGCCACGCUCCUUCCACGUUACAACUCUUACCUUGGAUCCGUAGUACAAACACA